AUGGCGCUCACCGCCGCUCGUUCCUCGCUCCGAGCGCGAGCCGGUCUGCUCGGACUCGGCCUUGCGCAGGGCAAUCGUGGAGCGAGAGCGGCACUGCCGCUCCGGGCCUUCUCGGGAGGGCAGGGGAGCCCCUGGUCCUCCCUGGAGCAGUUUGGGCGCGAGACCAUGGGCAAGGCCUCGGAGGCAGCGAGCAAGCUCGGUGAGUCCAUCCCUACGCAGGGAAACCCGGUGGAAGGGCUUAACAACCUCGCAAAGGCUAGCGUCCACGAGCUGUUGAGAGCUGGUAUUCCCCUCGCCGCUGCGCUCCUGACGAUCACCCGGUCGCCCGGCAGCAAGCUGUCGGCGGCGCAGGAGGAAAAGCUGGCCGAGCUGCUCCCACCGCCAGCCAUCGACGCCAUCAAGUCCUUCGGCGAUCACAUUCCGGAAGAUCCGACGGUCGUCGAGCUGCGACGCAUCGCGGACUGCUUGGAGAAGCACCAGGCGGCCUCCGCCGGAUCCUCGGGAGCUUCGCGGGCGGGAACGUCCACAGGCGCCCCUGGCGUCUACUCCUUGGGGCACUCGGUGUUGCUCGCUGCGCGGCAGCCAAGCAGCCCCCGCCGCGCGGCCCUCGGUUGCGCCGAGGUUGUGCUCAGAGCAAAGCUCUUUUUUGGGCGCCCUUCGAAGGCAGAGCCAGCCUUGUCCCCGGAGCAGCUCGAGGAGCUGGUGACCAACGAGCUGUUGGCCCAGGAUGCGGCGGAGUCAGAGCCCCUGCACAGACUCGACGAGUUUCUCCAGGUGCAGGAGAUGGAUUGCUCCGCGCGCCUCUUCUACCUCAUGAACCGAACUGUGGGUUUGCGCGACGAGCUCGCGAAGCUCCAUUCGGACUUCAUGGGCGUCGCGGGCGUCUACCUGCAGCUGAUGCGGCACAUGCCUGAGGAGACCGUCUGGGUCUGGCUCCUGGCCACCUCCGAGGAGCGGCUCACGCAGAAGGUGCAAACCUACUUCUUCCGCAUCAUGGCCUUGGCGGUGGACCAGCACCACUGCCUCAAGGCCAUCGCACGCGAUGCCGUGCUUCGCGGAGUGGAGGGCUGGAAGAAGCUCCAUGUCGACUACUUGGCCCAGCAGUGGUACGGCUUCGCCUUCGGAACUUUCAACCAGCCGGGCAUGUCGGCAAGCGACGGAGGUGCUGCCUCCUCUGCACAGGAGAGCUUCGUGGCCGGCAGCUUCUGGAUGAGCAAAGUCUUCCGCUGGUUCGAUGGCUACGCACAGGACCUCUACAAGGCCAUGCUCGAGCUGGAGGGGGCGGAACUGACGUCCGGCGAGGGCCCAGUACGCCUUCACCACCAGGACGAGCAGGGAUCCUUUGUGACCUACGAGUUCCUGCGGCGGAAGGUGUUCGGCCAGUGGGCCAUUGACAAGGGGCUCCUCCGUGGGCUGAUACGCCACGUCUGGCAGCCGGGAUUCGAGGCCACGCGGCGCCUGGCCAUCGGCGACUUCGGAGCCGGAGGCGGGCACUACAGCAAGUGGCUCAAUGAGACCGGCCUGGUGGAAGCCUUUGCCUUCGACGGCACACACCAGGCUGCCGAACUCACGGACGGUCUGGUGCAAGAGGUGAACCUCGUCCAGGAUCUGACCUUGUGGCGCACCUUUGACUGGGUGCUGUGCCUGGAGGUCGGCGAGCACGUGCCAAAACAGUACUCGUCGACGCUGCUGUCGAACCUGAAGCGCCACGCUCGAAAGGGCCUCGUGAUGUCCUGGUCCGACGACUGGGAGGGCAUCGGCCACGUCAACUGCCUCUCGCGGCCUGAGUUUAUUGCCUUCGUUCAAAAGUCCACGGGCUUCCUGCUGGACGAGGCAGCGACGGAGGUGGUGCGCGGGGCAUGCGAAAUUGACUACAUCGCCAGGCCUGCCCGGUUGAAUGUGUCACGCACGUAUCGCAGAAUCGUGAGCGCAGUCGCUCAGAGGCCCAGAAGGCCCAGGGAGGGCCCAGGGAGGGCCUUCCAUCCGAGAGCGAACCUCUGCAGACCUAACUCUGCGCGCGCCAUGCUGGUUGCGGUCCUCUGGGCGGCGGUCGUCUCUGGGGCCACGCGUGCACCGGUGCUCGUCCUGGCCUCUGCGCCGGCAGACGCUGCUGGAUGCUCUUCGGCAGAGGCAACGGAGGAGGUUUUGGACGAGGUGGUUGCCCUGCAGCUCACAAGCGAGAACCAGAACCAGGUGGCCGAGAGACUUGAGGAAGGCAGCGCAGGCUCCGUGGAGUCGGACUGGGCCUGGAAGCGCUGGAUGCCCCAGAAGCACUUGAAGCAGAGGCGCUCGCGCUCCGGGUGGAGCCGCGGCCGUGGCCGCGUGGCGAAAAGAUGGCCCAAAGCGGCGCACCGCUGGGGACGCCGAGGCCGUGGACUCAGAAGGUGGCGCAGGAGGGCACUUCGCCCAAGGACGUCGACUGUCUGCCUGAGGUUCUCCUUCAUCAAUGCACUGAACGGCCAGGGGACCAUCACGGGAGUCGUGAGGGGUCUGAAGUGUUCCUCCGGCUCGGAGACCACUUCGAAGGCUGAACAGGUGGAAGUCUUGUCCAAUACCGAGAACUGGAACGACCCUCCAAACAGUGGAGUCGGAAACUACAUCGGGAAUGGCUAUGACGUAGCACGGUCCGGAGACAAUAGCUGGACUCUUGACAGAAGCUGUAGCCCGACGAAGUAUCGAUUCUUUGCUUUCAACAAAGAAGAAGCCAAUCCUGGGCCCCCUGCAGACGCGACGCUCCUUAUCUUCAGCUAUGCACCCAAGAUGGGAGCCCUUGCAUAUAGGUAUCCGGACCUCUACGGGAAAGACAUGACGGAAGAGGAUUAUGACUUGACCUUCGAGCAGACGCCCUGUAAUUAA